AUGAUGCCGAGCCCGGGUGCAGGGGCACGCUAUUUCGAGGGCUCGCAACAAUCCAUUGCGCCAACUGCAACUACCUCUGCGAAGUUGUUAGCAGCCACGACGGGAGGUGGAACAAAGACCGCACACCAGCCAAGAAAGACCUCUAGUUCAACAGCAACCAGCGUGAAAGUCCUCCUCGAAGAAGCCGUCUUUCCCGCUGACGUGGAUCCGACCAGCGUCAUACUGAAUGUGCAGCAUGUGCAGGAACAGUUACGAGAAUAACAUGCUCAACACAUGCUGAUGCUCAACUUAGGUCAUAAAUUUUUAUAAGAUGAAAGCAUGCUCCUCGAGAAAUCUUCAAAGUUGAAUUUCGACAUAAGUAUCGACAUCACUGCCAUGUGCAUCUUGCUUCUGAUUCUCAUACAUAACUCUAACGAAACAAGGCCCCGAAGACUCCUCUUUCGUCCUCCAGCAACUACUACGACCUCGCCCGUUGUCAGCUGGAAUUUUAGGCAAGACGCUGACCCUAGACGCAGCAGUUGGGAGUCGCUUGAUAUUCGUUUUUGACGGGCACAGGCACAAUGGUUCGGACUCGAUCCCGGUAGAACAAUUCCGCACGGUCUGCACUGUCGUCGUCGAUGCGAAGCAGGAGUCAGCGGCUUUGGAACCGGAUAUGCUUCCUGUCGGCACCGCGGUUUUAGCCGAGUUCGGAGAUUCCGGCUACUUCUACAAAGCAGAAGUGUUGUCACUUGUCAAAAGUCCUCAGUUGUUCGAUUUAGGUGACAAAUACAAGAUCCGGUGGCUCCGCAGAGAUUACAUUAUGGCUUCGCCUAGUCCAUCUUCUGAAGCAUCUUCUCGGAGCUGCGCCGUAAGGGGGAAACAGCUUCAAGAUGAAUAGAUUAAUAUAAUAUAGAUAGACUAGACUAAUAAUAUAGAUUAAUAAUAUAGAUUUUUUUUUGUUACGUUUUUUAUCUAUCAACUUGGUACGUGAGUUCUAAUCACAACAACCUGCAUGAGCAUGAUGAUGAGCUGUUUCUGUGCAAUUUCUUAGGCGAUGGCAAACGACAUGACAGUGCGGACGAAUUCACAAACACAGGUGGGAUUCCUCGAUGGAAACUACGAAAACUAGAGGAGGGGGUCGUUCCGUCGACGCGUGGUGGGUCUCGAGGGCGAACCAGUGGGGUCUUCAAUGCGCCAACAGGGUAUAUGAAAGUAAAUUUGGUGCCGGUUGGGGGAGGUGGAAAUGGAGGAGGUGUUGCUGGAGGUGGAUUCAAUUUUACUAGCACUGGAGGACUAGGAGAAAUAGGAGAACGUUCCACUUCUGGAACUACGAACACGACAGCUAAUUCCUCAUCACAAUCAACAACUACUAGUACGACUGGUCUUUCAACAAGUGGAACAAGUGCAGCAUCCACUAGAGUUCUUGGAGAGGGAUCACUACAACAACACCAAAUAGACGCUGACGACCCGUGUUCAGGCUCAAAUAGUACUGUAGAGUCUUCUUGGAGUAGCCCGUAUUUUCAACCGAGCAGCGGGAGUGACUUAGAGCACAGUGGUAGGGAAGCCACCACUACUUCUAAGACAAGGCGUGGCCGUGGAUUUGCUGAGGGCGAUGCUUUGGCCUAUCACAGUGCGCACGAAGGAGGAGAGACGUCGAGUAAUUACGGGAAUGGGGCGAAAGUUGGUAGUGGGAGUGCAAGUUUUAGUCUAACUAGUACAGCCUCGACAGCAGGUACUGGCGUCAUUCAACGUGACAGGCCACGAUCUAGUGCUUCAGGGCCGAUCACGACAACAAAUACUAGCAGUGUCAUCUCUCCUACAGCAGGUGGCUUAGCUUUCGUGGACGCAAAAAGCGAGCUUUAUGCCGCUUCAGCGGCAGGAGCUGAGGCAGCAGAUGUAGGUCUUGAGUACAAAACUUCUAGUUCUACUGGUCUUAGAACAAAUAAAGGCAUUGGUGUUUCUUCAGGACAGUUGAAAAAGCCCAUGUCCGCUGGAGCAAGUGGCGAGUCUCCUCCUCCGGUUUCAUUGAAAAUCAAUCGAUCCUUGAAGAAUGAGAUGAGCAAUGGUGGUGCCAACAGUAUGAGUAUCUCCAGUACAACGUCUCACUCUCAUUUGGUCGACAACUACGUCCAUGUCAUAGUAGAACAGGAAUAUUUGCCAGAGGAGGAUGGCGUAAAUGAACCUGGAGGAAAAAUGUCCAGCGGCACCUCAGAAGUCGGAGGAGGCCGUUUCCUCCCCACCACCGCUCCAGCAACACAACCAGGCGUCUCAAAUUUUGUCUAUGACAUCUCUGCCACUACCUCGGCGAACGAUUAUCACACUUUCGAUGUGCCGCUGAGGAGUCUAGAGCUACAGGGCCUGGCUUUGUUGCGGUCGGGGGAAGAAGCCUCCGUUGCGUCAUUGCGUUCAGCCUUACGGGACACGCUGAGAGCGUUGAUUAGUGAGCGUGAGUCCUCACUCGUAAUGCAGAUUCAGGCACACACACGAUGUGGGGAGCUGCAGGGGGCCCUGGAUAUUAAGGCUUUGAAGUAGGAUCAGAAUUUGUGUGCUUUUUCUGCAUCAUGGAUGCAAACGAAUUGUAUUAUUUGCUGCUCGUUGAUAGAAGUUUUAAUUCUGCCUUCGUUCCCUGGUGUUUCUGGCUUUUCCUUGUCAUAUGCCCGCCCUGUCACUAGGAAAGCGCUAACUACAAAGCACUCGCAGCGAAUGGGGAUGCUGCAGACCAGCUGAAGCGGUUUGAGGACCGUCUCAAAGCAGCUGAGGCCUUAUGGUGGCCGGCGGCUCCGCCAGCAGUUGCUAGAGCUUAUGGCGAGGUUGAGGUCUACUUUCUGCAGCAAAUCAUAGGACGAAGUGGCUACAAGUUCUUACUUACAAUUGCACUGAUAAUUCGUUUCCUGUCUUGAUUUCAACAAAACGCAGUUCUUAGAGGAGCCAAUUUAUCGAAGAAGUACAGCUCUAAAACUCAGCCGUCCCCCUACCAGAAGGCGGAGACCGACCAGGAACUGCGGGAAGCUACCUUUUUUACAGUUCUUCCGGAGCUACCUCAAGUAGUUAUCUUGCUGGUCCUCUGACAAGUCGCGGGGACUCGAUGCAAACAUCCUCAUUGUCAGCACCAGCAUCAAAAGACACUUCGAGCUCUACUUAUGGGCGUAUGGAUUUCAUCUCCAAAGUCAUCCGGAAGAGAAAGCCAAGGGCAAAAUGGCACCCAGAUGAUCCCCGAGAUGAAUUCCCUAUAGAUGCCUCUAAGCAAUGCACUACAUCACUUAUCCUUCGUCUUCAUCAUCGGCGACACUUGGAGGAGGAUCGAACCACACGACAGGAUUUCUGCCUCCGCAUAGCCAUAAUUUUCAACAACAUUUUCAACACUCUGCACAUAAUUCUGCAUCCGCAAGUGAGGAGGAAAACAAUUCAGGCGGUCCUUUUGGUUCUUUUGCGCGUUGGCUAUCGGGGACAUCGAAUGGCGUGCACACGGGUUUCGGAACUACGAGACCAGGUGGUACCAACAUGACCUCCUGUACAGUUCCAGUCUUAGACCGUGGAGAUGAAAUGCGCAUGCAUCUAGGAAGUGCGCGGGGUCUCUAUGCCCCGAGGGGUGGACGGGUUGACAGUUCUGGAGGUGGUGGGGGUCUACAACAUCAGUACACCGUGAAUCAGUGAAGAUGAGUUCGUGCAGUCUUUAAUUUUGUGACAUUGACAUUCCUAAAUUUCAAUUUGAUGCAGCUAAAGAAAACCUCUAUAAUUCUAUACGCUGUCAGCCAGGAAUCAAUCGGUCUUUUAGUCUAUUGUACACGAAAUGUUACUAGUGAUAAGUCUUCUUGUAUUCUUUUUCAACCUGAUGGAUGGAUCGUGUCCAUUUGGGGACUCGUUCGAAUAUUUUCCAAUGUGACAUCAAGAUUUUUUUGUCGCAAAAGAUAGAUUUGGUCUUAGAAAUGCUGCUGAUGCCCCCAAGUAAAAAUACGCGAAGGAGCCCUCUGAAUGGUACCGUCAGAGUGGCAAUAUUUCUGCUUAAGCAGCCUACUCCGUAGAAAGUACUUUCUUUCGUCGUGUU